GAUAGAAAACUGGCGUUUUCAAAAACGGUUGCCGUGGAAACUAAAGAACUAGAAUUGAAUACUUGUCGUCUGCAACCAAGAAGCCAAGACGUAAAAACAACACGUGUUAUUCAAAAUUGCAUUUAGUUCCUUUGGAUAUUAGUGAAUAACCUAUGUUUCGAUUUAUUUAGCCAUGUCUCGUCACCCUUUAACGUUUCAGGUUUUGGCGCAGUGCAAAACGACCAAGGCCAAAUGCAGUUUGAUGACGUUACCUCAUCACGUAGUCGAAACCCCGGUUUUUAUGCCAGUAGGAACGCAGGGCUCUUUGAAAGGAAUUAUACCUGAACAACUGGAACAGUUAAACUGCCAAAUCAUGUUGGGUAAUACUUACCAUUUGGGAAAUAGACCGGGCCCUGAUCUGUUGGAGAGCUGCGGUGGGCUGCAUAAUUUUAUGGGAUGGCCCAGAAAUUUGUUAACUGAUUCUGGUGGAUUUCAGAUGGUCUCCUUGCUAGACUUGGCUGAGAUUACAGAAGAGGGAGUAAAGUUUAAGUCUCCUUAUGAUGGGAGUGAAUGUUUGCUUACUCCAGAAAGGUCUAUAGAAAUUCAAAAUGCCAUUGGUGCAGACAUCAUCAUGCAGUUGGAUGAUGUAGUAAGUUCAACUGUUUCAGGACCGCGAGUCGAAGAAGCAAUGCACAGAACCACGCGAUGGCUAGACCGCUGUUUAAAAGCCCAUAAGCGACCGGAAUGUCAAAAUCUUUUCCCAAUCGUUCAAGGGGGCUUAGAUCCCAAAUUGCGAACAGAGAGUGCCAAGCAACUGAUGGAGCGAGAAGUCGCUGGUUUUGCAGUUGGUGGGCUUAGUGGAGGUGAAGGGAAGGAUCAAUUCUGGAGAAUGGUCCAUUUGUCUACGGAUUUGCUCCCAAAUGACAAACCGAGAUAUCUAAUGGGUGUUGGAUUUGCCACAGACCUUGUUGUUUGUUGUGCGUUAGGUUGCGACAUGUUUGACUGCGUUUUCCCAACAAGAACGGCUAGAUUUGGAUGUGCCCUCGUAGAUAGUGGGCAACUAAAUUUGAAGUUAAAGUUGUUUGGACAAGAUUUCCGACCCAUUGACGAAAAGUGCGAUUGCUCAACCUGCCGACGUUACACUAGAGCUUAUCUUCACACUGUUGCUACGAUAGAAACCGUAGCUUGCAAUCUUAUAACCGUGCAUAACGUGGCAUAUCAACUACGAUUAAUGCGUAACAUUCGUGAGAGCAUUAUGAAUGGAACCUUUGUCGAGUUUAUCUUUAAUUUCAUGGAUACCAUGUAUCCUAAAAAAGAUUUUCCAGUAUGGGCUACGGAUGCCCUUAGAGCGGUAAAUGUUGAUUUAAUCGACCGUACCAAAGAACAAAAUCCUGAUUCUUAAAAAUGUAUUUUUAACUGGAAACAUAAAAAGUGUUCUGGAUUGUCGUAUUAUAAUUUGGAUCCCAUGUUAAGUAAGUGUAACAAUGGAGGCAGCAUUAAAGGUUUUCUUGUAAA